CGGGACUUGCCCCACCUGUGACAGGAGCAGAACCUUUAGUGUCAGACUACACCGCACCCUGUUGAGCCAAAGAUCCCACUAGGGCUGGGCUGGAAAUAGAAGGUCUCCUGGUCUCUUCAAGGAAGAAAUCGGGAAGCGAAGGGGUGUGUGUGCGUGUGUAUAAGUGAGUCAGCAUGGAGGUCGACAGUGCGGUCUCAGAUUCCAGUUCCUCUUGCUUCUUCCUGGCCAUGGAUGUCCUAACAACCAGCAGGGACCUCAGCGCUCCUCCCGUGUGCAGGGAUUUCACAGCCUUGUCCUCAAGGCCACAUGUGUAGGAUGGAGAAGUGAUCGCUGUGUGUGGAGAGUUGCUUUUCUAAGUAUGUAGGUGCCAUCAUGAACACAAUAGACGCUCCCCGGAUUCGUGCUGGGCUGCUGCUACUGCCAUAACUGCUCUCCACGGGGAAACCUGAUCCAGUUGAAGCCCUUACUUUGCAGAUGCAGAACCUGAGGCCGGGGAGAGGACGGAGACUUGCCUGGGCCAUGCAGACAGGUUGCAGCGCUCGACGCCACAGAGGGGGCCUGGUCAUCUUGGCAGGCUUUCCCGGUUCUCAUCCCGGUUUCAAAUCUAACACCCCUCAAAUUGGGGACCACAAAUUCAGUGCUCACCGCAUCGUCCUGGCGGCCUCGAUCCCGUACUUCCACGCCAUGUUUACGAACGACAUGAUGGAGUGCAAGCAGGAUGAGAUCGUAAUGCAAGGGAUGGACCCGAGUGCCCUGGAGGCCCUGAUCAACUUUGCCUACAACGGCAACCUGGCCAUCGACCAGCAGAACGUGCAGUCGCUGCUGAUGGGAGCGAGCUUCCUGCAGCUGCAGAGCAUCAAGGACGCCUGCUGCACCUUCCUGCGAGAACGGCUUCACCCGAAAAAUUGCCUGGGCGUGCGCCAGUUUGCCGAGACAAUGAUGUGCGCCGUGCUGUACGAGGCGGCCAACAGCUUCAUCCACCAGCACUUCGUGGAGGUGUCCCUGUCGGAGGAGUUCCUGGCCCUGCCCUCGGAAGACGUGCUUGAGCUGGUGUCCCGAGACGAGCUGAACGUGAGGUCGGAGGAGCAGGUCUUUGAAGCCGUGUUGGCCUGGGUCAGGUACGACCGGGAGCAGAGGGGGCCCUGCCUGCCGGAGCUACUGUCCAACAUCCGCCUGCCCCUCUGCCGGCCCCAGUUCCUGUCGGACCGGGUACAGCAGGAUGACCUGGUGCGUUGCUGCCACAAAUGCAGGGACCUGGUGGACGAAGCAAAGGACUAUCACCUCAUGCCAGAGCGCCGGCCCCAUGUGCCAGCUUUCCGAACACGGCCUCGCUGCUGCACGUCCAUCGCUGGGCUUAUCUACGCUGUGGGGGGCCUCAACUCAGCAGCAAAUUUCUAUGCAGGUGACUCCCUGAAUGUGGUGGAAGUGUUCGACCCCAUCGCCAACCACUGGGAGAAGUGCCAUCCCAUGACGACGGCGCGCAGCCGCGUGGGCGUGGCCGUGGUGAACGGGCUCCUCUACGCCAUCGGGGGGUACGACGGCCAGCUGCGGCUGAGCACCGUGGAGGCCUACAACCCAGAGACGGACACGUGGGCCAGAGUGGGCAGCAUGAAUAGCAAGAGAAGUGCCAUGGGGACGGUCGUGCUGGAUGGGCAGAUCUACGUCUGCGGGGGCUACGAUGGCAACUCUUCCCUCAACUCCGUGGAGACCUACUCACCGGAGACGGACAAGUGGACGGUGGUGACCCCGAUGAGCUCCAACCGCAGCGCUGCUGGGGUCACGGUCUUUGAGGGCAGGAUAUACGUGUCGGGUGGCCACGAUGGCUUGCAGAUCUUCAACAGCGUGGAACACUACAACCACCACACGGCCACCUGGCAGCCGGCAGCCGGGAUGCUCAACAAGCGGUGCCGGCACGGCGCCGCCUCCCUGGGUAGCAAGAUGUUCGUGUGCGGCGGCUAUGACGGCUCCGGCUUCCUCAGCCUCGCCGAGGUGUACAGCUCCCUGGCCGACCAGUGGUGCCUGAUCGUGCCCAUGCACACACGCCGGAGCCGCGUCUCCCUCGUGGCCAACUGCGGGCGCCUCUACGCCGUGGGGGGCUAUGACGGACAGUCGAACCUCAGCUCGGUGGAGAUGUAUGACCCGAAGACGGACCGCUGGACGUUCACGGCGCCCAUGGCGUGCCACGAGGGCGGGGAGACCCUUCACCGUGGGCUCAGUGUGUCAGCUGAACGGAGACCUUCACUGCGGGCUCAGCGCGUCAGCUGGACGGAGACCUUCACUGCGGGCUCAGCACGUCAGCUGGGUUACGAGUCACUGCCAGUCCUCGAGGUGGGGCUCCCAGAUGCCUGCCAGCUCCGGGUGCCCCUGCGGUUACCUCCCACUGCCACCAUGCCCCACUCUCACCGACAGUCAUUCCUUCCCUUUUGACCAGCAGGAAACAGCAGGUCUGGCCAGAUUCUCACUUGCCUGUCUGUUGUUCUUGGAUGAAUUUCUUCAUUGUGAUGCUUCUGGGGCAUGCUGACCAGUUGUCCCUCCAGAACCUACUAGGGGCUUGCUCCUUCUACCAGCCAUGGGGGGCUUGGUCUGGGGACCUUGUCUGCCCUGCCAUUCCACUGCGCCUCCACCCCUCGCCAACGCCAGGGCCCUGGCUCCUCCAGCCCUGGCAGCCCAACCAGCACAGUGGCCCUCCAUACCCAAGCAGAGCUGGCUUGAGUCGAGGAUCGAGGACCGUGGAGGCACUCGCUGCUGCACAGAGCAGGUUUUAGCUCUUCCUCUCCCUUGGGUCCUGGCACAGGGCCCCGAAGAGACUCCGCACUCCCUCCUCCUGGGAUAGGCCCUUGAGGCACAGCAGGACCCAGAGAGGAGGGUGUCUUCUGUUAACCCGUGCACUGCUGCUGCCAAAACGUGGUUUUCUAAAGUUCUUCCCGUCGAGACCGGGAGAGACCCCAAGGCUGCGCCUUGGGGUCCCGGUCUCCGCCUGGGUGGUGUCCUGGCUUUUGCUGUCGGCCUGGGGGAGCCUGAAGGCCUGUUUGGAAAGGCACGGCGCAGAGCCAGCGCCCCCAGCUGGUUUACCAGUGUGUGCAAUCGCCAUGUACUCCGAGGGGAAUACCUUCCUUACCUGCAACUUAGGAGCUGGGCCUCUACUAUAAGCACUUGAAAACGAUGUUUUUAUUUUUAAAGACUCGGCAAUCUGAUACCUGACGGAGUUCAGCCUGGGCUCCUGGUGGAGCUUCAGUGUCCUCCCCACCCCUCGCCCUCCCUCCCUGCCAGCUUGCCUGCAGAGGUAGCUGGAGGGGGUUGGGGCCCUCGUUCCCUUUAGAGAGGAGUGUAUCCGUGCUCAUCUUACCAUCAUAAGCCCCCUUCUCUUGUUUGAAAAGAAAAUUUGAAGCAGCACUGAAGAACCCGGAUUGUGACGGUCUUAAGAAUCAGUCAGUGGGACGCUGCCCAGGCCUCGCGGGUCCUUAGGGUCUGGCCCAGGAGAUCAACUUCCCAUGGCCCGCUGGCCUCAGAGUGGCCUUCCCGAGCCCCCUCCCACCCCCUGGUGUGGACGUUACAAGACUCCCCUGAGGUCAGCGUCUCCGGGCGAGAUUGCAACGCUCUGACUGGGCUCUGGGCAUGAGGGAGGCACCACCAGCCUCUUCACACCCUUCCCAGUCAGUCCAUGGUCUGGCCUGGUGGCGGAGGUCUGUCGCGGACGUGGCGUGCUCUGCGUGGGCGCCUCUCCGCUAGCACCCUGGCCUCACCUCACCCGGGGCUGCAGUGGAGAGGCCGUGCCAUGUGGGCAGGCGGGCACUGCUCUGAGCAGAGGCCUGCGGCUCUGCCCGUCCUGGCAGGUCACCUCGGAUAACACACGCAGCCUUCUCUUCUGGAUUUCCUCUGAGACCAGAGAUCGACUAGGAAUUCUGUCCCCACCCCAAUUUAUUGUGUCCCAGAAAAUCUUACUUCCUUUUAUUUAUGGAACGCAUGUCUUUUAUGUUAAACCAAAGAGAAAUAAAGAGAACACUCCUAAUAGCUCUUGCCCUU